AUAUUCUCUCCAUUCAUUAAAUUUUACACAUAUUACCAAACAACCACAAAAAAACAAAGAAGAAUGGCUUUUCUACAACUUCAAUCAAUACUAAAACAAUAUUCCUCUUAUUAUUAUUAUUAUGAGCAAGAUUACUACUCAACCCUUUACUACUUAGCCAUUUUUGGCUUCAUAAGCAUCUUUCUUGUGCUUAAUUUCACAAUAACAAAAAAAGGACGAAAAUCCAAUAAUCUUCCACCAUCACCACCAAAGCUACCAUUCAUUGGAAACCUUCAUCAACUAGGAACAUUGCCACACCGUUCCUUCCAUGAACUCUCAAAGAAGCAUGGCCCUCUCAUGUCUCUUCAACUUGGACAAACACCAGCCAUUGUUGUUUCUUCGGUUGAUGUGGCCAAAGAAAUCAUCAAAAACCAUGAUGUUGUUUUCUCCAACAGGCCCCAAACAACAUCCGAGAGAAUCAUUAUGUAUGGAUGUAAGGAUGUUGCUUUUGCACCCUAUGGUGAUGAGUGGAGACAGAAAAGAAAGAUUUGUGUUCUUGAGCUUCUAAGCCUUAAAAGGGUGCGAUCCUUUCAAUCCAUUCGUGAAGAGGAGGUUGCCGAAUUGGUUAGUAGCUAUGAUGAGAUUGCAUAACAAAAUACUUUAAAAUUAUCUACUACUCAAGUUUUUGCAUUUAUAUUUUUCGAAUGAAUAUAUACUAUAUUUAUAGCUUUCGUAUUUCAAGAAUUUAAGAUAAAAUAGAAAAAAAUAUCUAUAUACCAUUUUUUUUAAAUAUUAUAUUAUCAUUUUUUGUCACACAUGGCUAAUUGUCUUAUCUUAAGCGGCCACAUAUGAUUAGGUGGCCUGUCUUAAUUGACCAUCAAAUGAUAUGUGACCGUUCAGAACAUAAUAUAUUUUAAGGGAGCUACUUAGAUAAAGAGUGAACCUUAGUGAGUUGAUAAUUGCAACAUCAAACAACAUAGUGUCAAGAUGUGUUCUUGGACAAAAGUAUGAUAAUCCAGAUGGUAAUAGCAGCUUUGGAGAGCUUGG